GUUUCAGCAAUGGUCUUUCGACUCUUUCCACAAAUGGAGGUUCUCGGAGCCGUAAUUUUGUUGUUUUAAAGAUUGGAGAAGAAAACUGAAUUCAGGAAUCGGCGAGAGGAGCUGUCGCCCUAGUGAAGAAUCAUUUCCCUGCGGUGGAAUGCAGGUCAUCAACGGUGAUGAUUCCGUUCUCGUUGUUGCUGUAGUUUUUGCGUAGUCAAGAUCAGUGAAGAAACCAUUAUCAAUUCGACUCUUAUGAAAUAUUUUCAACAAAAUACUUAUUAGAUGGCCGACUUACACUAAAGAUUGCUACUUUCUCUAACAAUUGCCCAAAUUUAUCAUCCAAGAGCAUACCCAUGAGCAUGUUGUUAUUGUUAUUAUUAUUGUUAUUAUUAUUAUUAUUAUUUUACAAAUAAUGAUAGGGUAUAGAAUAGUGGCAGCCCUCCCUUUUCUCAAAUUCCCCCGCACCCGACUCAAGAUGUAAGCUAGCAUCUCCAACUUGCUGCCCAUUAGCAUGUUAUGUAAUGUUUUCAUCACCUAUGAAACAACCAUGCAGGUUAAGAAGGCAUUGAAGUUUUUUAAAGCAGACCUCCAAGGUUGGUUAUGCUUUAAUGCUGUUAAUGAGCAAGUUCCUACUUUUGUCCCUUUAGAGUAAGGCUAGGAUUUUUUAUUUGAUUUUAAGAGAUUAGAUGAUGAAUAGAUUACUGUGGCAUAUGAAGCUAAUUAAACCUUUACAUCCUAUGAAUUAAAUGCUAUUGCUUUUUUUUGUACUCCUUUCAAGUUCAAUGUAUUGAAAAUCCCCUUUUUGUGUACUUUUUUUUUUGAAUGCCUGAUUUCAAUGAGUCAUGUCAUCAUGCAAGAUUAAUGGCAGAUAUUGGGGAUAUGAUGAAUGUCGAAGUUAGUGAAGGAUCGACUGACAGUUCGAACCCUUACUUCUCAAGCCCUUGGAGGCAAAGUUUUAAUGGUUACACUUCUUUGUUUUUCGCAGGAAGGUUUCUUUUUAGAUAUGGAAGUUCAUUAGAUUGCAGGGAUAAGGAUGGAAAUUUGUCAAUUCCAAUACCUAAUGGUGAUAAGCUUGUUUGUGUUAUUUAAUAGGAUGAUUUAUCAACUCAAGUUUCCAUUUUUGAGUCUGUGAAAGAUAUACGAGGAUAAUAUAUCUGUCUAAGUAUCUGGAUUAAACUUUCCUGUGUAUUUUAAUUAGCAGUUAGAGGAAAAAAAUAACAUGUGUGAUCGAUGUAAAUCUGGACUUAAGAUCAAUAUGCUGAUGCUAAAAGUAAUUAAGUGUGAAACUUUCUUGAAUACAUUAUCUUAAUGGUACGAGUUCCUCUUGGACCAACUAAUUUACCAUUGUUAGAUUAUGAAUAAGAUUUACUUUUCUUGUGAAACGCUUGUAGGACGUGAGCUAUAACCUCUCAUGUGGUUAAAGUUCCUUGGCUCAGUAAAUUGGAGAAUAGUUGCUCUGGAGUCCGCAUGAUGGUUGUAUUGUCUAUAUCACCCAAAGCAUGUGAUGAAGUCAGUUUUCUUUAGACCAUUUGCUUGUUCAUAUAUUAUGUUCUACUUAAAGUUUUUAGUAGUUUCAGUUAUUUUGAAGAGUGGUUUGGCUUGGAGGGAAUGAUACAAGUUGAGCAUCAACAGCAAGGUGGGAGGCAGCUACAUGGCUUUAUUCUAUGGUGCUGAUGGGCAAUGUGAAUCCUCACUCUUACCUUCAAUGGGGUGCAUGAAGAACUAAAAUGUGUUAUACAUGAUAUAUCAAAGGCUACUUAAGAAGGAGAGUUGAUAUGAAGCUGGGCCUCGCAGCUCUUUUGUGGAAGGUGCCAGAGAUGUUGCUGUUCUAGAGUGCUUGAAUCCGGAGAGAACAAUGGAGCCCCAGUUCUUGUGAAAAGAUUCUAGGUUCAGCACAGAUCAUUCUCUUACCAAAGUAGUUUUUUCAAAAAAAAAAAAAAAGGAAAAAAGAAAAAAGGUAGAAACGAUUACCUCACAAAGGCGGCAAUGUAAGCUGUUGCAUAUUAUUCAGUUAAAUAAUCAAAUUUUUCCUUCCAUAAUGGCCUCCAUGUUCUGCUCUUUUGCUGAGAGAGACAAUUGUAUAUUUAUUUUGUUCCUUAUCAAUGAAAUUUGAUUUAAAUG